AUGGGCACAGCGCCCACCCGGGGCCUGCAGUGGAACAUCUGCCUGGGAGUGGAGCAGGCGCUGGAGUUGGCCCGGGUAGCACAGGGAGCCAACGGAGCUCUCCCCUGGUGUCAGUUGCAGGAACCUUCCCUCUACACCGUCAAGGCUGUUUUCAUCCUAGAUAAUGACGGACACCGCCUCCUAGCCAAGUAUUAUGAUGAUACAUUCCCCUCCUUGAAGGAGCAGAUGGCCUUUGAGAAAAAUGUCUUCAGCAAGACCAGCCGAACUGACAGUGAGAUUGCAUUUUUCGGGGGCAUGACCAUCGUCUACAAGAGCAGCAUUGACCUCUUCCUGUAUGUGGUGGGCUCCUCCCACGAGAAUGAGCUGAUGCUCAUGUCUGUCCUCACCUGCCUGUUUGAGUCCCUGAACCACGUGUUAAGGAAGAACGUGGAGAAGCGCUGGUUGCUGGAGAACAUGGACGGAGCCUUCCUGGUGCUGGACGAGAUUGUGGAUGGCGGUGUGAUUCUGGAGAGCGACCCCCAGCAAGUGAUCCAGAAGGUGAAUUUUAGGGCAGAUGACAGCAGCCUGACUGAACAGAGCGUGGCCCAGGUUCUUCAGUCUGCCAAGGAACAAAUUAAAUGGUCAUUACUGAAAUGAAGGCUGUGCAUUCAGGGCUCCCUGCCCCCAGGGCAUUUCCCCAAUCCUGGCAAAAGCUGAAAGACCUCCGGAGAGGAGAGACCCCUCUGUCCCCCUAGGCUCUCCCAGAACUGACUCCUGAGGUCUCCGGCCAGGGACUCUGAGACGCAAAGAUUUGGCUUCAGAAGUGACUCACGCCUUCUCACUGCCCUGACCUGCCCCUUGGGCCAUGAGAACCAGCUGAGCUGCCUUAACUCAGACCUUAGGCAUCCUUGGCCCCAGAACCCUAAUAAACCUGCUUUGUCUCCUGUCAA